UCAGACUUUCCCGUUGCGAGGGACGAAUGGUUUGGUUAUUGCCAAGUCUGGUAUUAAUGGUCGUAUUCUUUUGGAAACUCGAGGGGGUGGACAACAAUCUGUUGUUUGACUGAAUUUGUAAAGAGGUAAGAUAUAACCUGUGUUGAACUUAGACUGGGCUGGCUGAGUCGUGUGGCACGUCGAGGGAAGAGCGGUAUCCCACCUAGUCGAGCAUGUUUGGAGUCUAAAAACAGAAUAUGGCGGAGCAAACACAGGACAUGGACUAUCCGGUAGGCGAGCCCAUCGGCAACGGGGAUCAUUAUGCUGAGGACCCGGAGUUGGCAGCCAUCAAGGCACGUGUGAUGGAAAUGGAGGAGGAGGCUGAGAGACUGAGGGAGCAGCAGCACUGUGAGGCUGCAGAGAGACAGCUUCUCUGUAACAACACCACCCAGGCAGGCCUGUUCUACACCAUGACCCACGAGGAGAGGAUGGAUGCGGACAACCGAUCAGUCUAUGUGGGCAAUGUGGACUAUGGAGCUACUGCAGAUGAGUUGGAGAUCCACUUCAAUGGCUGUGGUCCAGUCAACAGGGUGACUAUCCUUUGUGACAGGUUUUCUGGUCAUCCUAAGGGGUUUGCCUACAUUGAAUUCUCAGAUAGAGACUCAGUACAGACUGCCAUUGGCUUGGAUGAGACCAUGUUUAGAGGCAGAGUGAUCAAGGUGCUUCCUAAGAGGACCAACAUGCCAGGCAUCAGCUCUACAGACAGAGGGGGUCAGCGAGGCAACCGACCCAGGGGCAGAGGAUUCCGACCCCCCAGGUACAACGGAGGCUUCCAAGGCCGGUUCAGGUACCCGCCAACCAGACCGGUGGUUCCCCACCCUUACUAUGGCCCCCCAGGAGCAAAGAGACACUGGGGACCCCCUGAAUACCGGGAACAGGCCCCCAAACGCCACCCGUGCCUUCUUCUAAUCACCCCACCCACAGAAGCUCCAGGGCCCAGUGGACACCUUUAUCCACAGCAGCGCUGACAAACACCCAGCUUUCUUUGCCACAAAGAGACUGUCUUGAGGGACUAUAUCCAGAGAUCCCCUCUGUUUAGUGUUUUCUAUGCAUGUUAAAAGGGAGAGGAAAGCACAGCACCAGUGUUUCAGCUUUCUCACUCAUGGAUUCUAAGAAGGUGGUUGUUUACUAGGCAUAAAGGUAAAUUGUGGUGGUUACCCUCCUCCUGUACUGGGAGUAUGAUGCCUCCAGUUCAGUUCUUCUUGUCAUUCUUUGUGCCUAUGGUGUGCUUUUCAUUUCAAGCUUUGAGCAUGUGCAUUGUCCUAAUUUCUUUUGCUUUAUUUCCUAGUUAUUUUAUAUCUAGAAGAUAUACCUGCUUUGACUGUAGUGAACAUUGAGUGAUUGUGUGAUCUGAGUGACAGUCCACGGAUUGAGUAGUAAUGUUGAUAUUACUGUGUAUAAUUUCUUGUCUUUGCUUUCAAAAUAAAAUAUUU